GGCCCUGAUGGAGAUUCAAUACCUUGCUAUGGAAAUUUCGAAUAGAGAGGCUUAUGACUCCCGCGAUUGAACCGACAACGCCAUUGAUGUGCUCUGGCGAUUCAAGAGGAGUCAUCCGCAUCCGGUGAUUUUUAAGCUUGAUUCCGGUGUUUCAAUUACAGUAGCCGCGUCGAUCAAACUCCACGAAGAUUAAGCAUUACCAAGCCGUUCAAAUAAUCUGAGGUGUAUCAAUGUCCGACCAUACAACCAAGAAGUAUUCAAGUCUUUCAGGCGGUGCUCGGAAGCGGCUUUCUGAUUCAUCCGAUACUACUUUGGAAGGAGAAUGUAAACGCCGAGGAUGUCGCACGGCACUUGACAGAUUUUUGCUUCAAAGGCAGAAUGACAUUCGAAAUGAAACUAACCCAUCGCAUGUGGAAAGCAACAGCAGUCGAAGUCCACUAUCAGGAAUUGAUAACGUGCAAAUGCCAAUCGCAGCAACUGCCACUUUGGAGGUGCAAAGAAAGAACAACACGCGACCUCCGCUGUCAGUAAUUGACAACAUUCAAACCCCAGUCACAGGUUGUCCUUAACUACAGUUGUUAUUAUCCACUUUUUAAGCCACUUGCAAAUCAUACUAAUAACAAAGAGCCUUGAAUACAUUUUAUAUAUACUGCCUCGAAUUUAAUUUUAUAUCUAUGAACUACGUAGUCCGAGUCUAUUGUU